AUGCCUAAUUUGACUAUUCUCUGGAUGGUGUGGAUGGCACCGCUCGCUUUCUCAUUGAACACGGCCGCUGCUUCGUUCGAGAAAUGCAGCAGUCUUUCACUCCCCAAGUCUGACAACGUUCAGACUCUCCGAACACAUGGAGAUAUGGUGAUGAACCAUACCUUCACAGCAAGUACUCCACCGGUUAAUUUCUGCAACUUCAGCAUUGCCCUAACACACCCUGGGGACAGCGACAUCGUGAAUGUCGAAAUCUGGCUUCCACUCGAUACUUGGAACGGUCGCUUCCUAGCAACCGGCGGCGGAGGCUACGUCGCCGGCUACGAAUUCAACCUAAUACAGCCUAUACAGAUGGGCUACGCGACAUCACUCACCGACGCCGGCCUAAGCAAAAACGGCAAGAUUGAUCCCUCAUCAGGAGCAUGGGCUAUCUCGGAACCAGGAAAGACUAACUGGCCCCUCGUGACGAAUUUCGCGCACCGCUCCAUCCACGACAUGACUGUUCUUGCCAAAGCCGCUAUCCGAGAAUUCUAUGGCAUCGAUCCCAUCUACUCAUAUUACUCGGGCUGUUCGACCGGCGGGAGGAUGGGAUAUUCCUCCGCUGAGCGUUAUCCGGAUGAUUUUGAUGGCAUCCUGGCUAGUUCGCCGGCACUGCAUAGCGCAAAUGUUUCUGUGGGCAUGGAGUGGCCUACGGCUGUUAUGCAUGAUAGCGUUGCUGUUCCGCAAUGCGUUUUUGAAGCAUACCAGAAGGCUUACAUAGCAGCAUGCGAUGUCCUUGACGGCGCCGUAGAUGGACUGAUAUCUGAUCCGCAAAAAUGUCACUUCGACACUGGUGACUUGGUCGGGGAUACGGUCAACUGCUCAGACCGCACCUUCACAAUAACAGCAGCGCACGCAGAUGCGGUAUCAAAGAUAACACAGGGCCUACGAUCCGCAGACGGGAAAAUCUCAUGGUUUGGAAUCGCGCCUGGUGCCUCUUUCAGCGGACUCGCUGUCACGAACACCACCAACAAUACGACAUCCGUGAUCCCAGCUCCGCUCGGCGUUCCAUGGAUGAGAUACUUCGUAUCCAAAGACCCAAGCUACACCUUAGAGAACUUCACCAUUGCCGAUUUCAAGCGCAUGUACCUCCAAUCCGUCGACGAGUUCACCACCGUAUUAGGCUCCGAGAACCCGAAUCUCACAGAGUUCAGACGUUCAGAUCACAAGCUCCUCUCCUGGCACGGUCUCGCAGACCGAUUUAUCAAUUACCAAGGAACGACAUGGUAUCGGGACACUGUGCAGAAGAAUAUGGGUCUCGAAAAUGAACAGGUGGAUGAUUUCUACCGCCUUUUUCUUGCACCUGGCGCAGAUCAUUGUGAAGGGGGUUAUGGACCGGUACCUGUGGAGCCGUUCAAGGUUCUAGUGGACUGGGUAGAGAAUGGCAAUGCGCCGGAUACGCUAUUUGCAAGGAUGGUCGACGAUACUAAUACGACUGUUACUCGCGAUCUAUGUCGGUAUCCGGGGCAGCUGGUGUAUCUUGGUGGGGCCGUUAUGGAUGCGCAUAGUUUUGCGUGUGAGUGA